UCCAGAGCUCUGCUCGGAAGCUCGCAGCGUUUCAGCCGUUAAACGUCAGACUCAGCAGAGGCAUGGAAUUUGGCAACGAAACACAAACUCCAAACGGCAAAACAAGGGACUCUCAGCUGGAAUUGACAGGAAUUCUUUAAAAGCAUCUUGUGACUUUGCUUUUUUGAGCUUUUUAAGCAACGCAGGGACGAUUCAUCUCUCAGGGCAGCCCAUCUGAAGUUGAUCAUGCCCCCUAGAUAGCAGCCUCGUCCACCUCUCCACUCCCCCUCCCUGCCCCUGACCCCUCCUUUACCUUCCUGGUCCAGUAUCAUCACUGCUACCUGAGUCACAGCAGCCACCCACCAUGCCUCCCAGGAAGAGGACACGGCCGGGCCUGGGCUUCCUGUGCUGCUUCGGGAGCAGCGAGCCCCCAGAGAUCAACCUAAAGGACAGCGUUCCUCUCCAGCUGCUGGAGUUCAGCGCCCCCAUGCCACCUGCAGAGGAGCUGCAUGCACGCUUUUCAGAACUAGUGGAUGAGCUGGAUCUGACGGACAAGAACAGGGAAGCCAUGUUUGCUCUUCCAGAUGAGAAGAAAUGGCAGAUCUACUGCAGCAAGAAGAAGGAGCAAGAGGACCCCAACAAACUGGCCACCAGCUGGCCCGACUACUACAUCGACCGCAUCAACUCCAUGGCUGCUAUGCAGACCCUCUUUGCCUUUGAUGAAGAGGAAAUGGAAAUGAGAAACAAGGUAGUAGAAGAUCUGAAGACAGCCCUUAGGACUCAGCCAAUGAGAUUCGUCACUCGCUUCAUUGAGCUCGACGGCCUCACCUGCCUCCUCAACUUCCUCCGCAGCAUGGACUAUGAGACGUCGGAGAGUCGCGUCCACACCUCCGUUAUUGGCUGCAUCAAAGCCCUGAUGAACAACUCCCAGGGCCGCGCUCACGUCCUCGCCCAUCCGCAGAGCAUUAACACCAUCUCACAGAGCCUGCGGACGGAGAACAUCAAGACCAAAGUGGCAGUGUUGGAGAUCCUUGGGGCCGUGUGUUUGGUGCCUGAUGGACAUAAAAAGGUGCUGCAGGCCAUGGCACACUACCAGAAGUAUGCUGCAGAGAGGACGCGCUUUCAGACGCUGCUGAACGAGCUGGACAAAAGCACAGGCCGCUAUAGGGAUGAGGUCAACUUAAAGACUGCCAUCAUGUCCUUCAUCAACGCUGUGCUUAACGCUGGAGCUGGAGAGGACAACCUUGAGUUCCGCCUCCACCUAAGGUACGAGUUCCUGAUGUUGGGCAUCCAGCCUGUCAUUGAUAAACUCAGAGAGCACGAGAACGCCACUCUGGAUAGACAUUUGGACUUCUUUGAGAUGGUGAGAAAUGAGGAUGACUCUGAGUUGGCCAAAAGAUUUGAUAUGACUCAUGUAGAUACAAAGAGUGCCAGUUCCAUGUUUGAGCUGAUCAAGAAGAAGCUGAGCCACACAGACGCCUACCCCAACCUCCUCUCUAUUUUGCAGCACUGCCUGCAGAUGCCAUAUAAACGUGGCGGUGGCAGCCUGCAUCAUUGGCAGCUCUUAGACAGGAUCCUUCAGCAGAUAGUCCUACAAGAUGAUAAGGGAGAGGACCCUGACAUCGCCCCUCUAGACAACUUCAGUGUUAAAAACAUCAUUCGCCUGUUGGUCAAUGAGAACGAGGUGAAACAAUGGCGAGACCAGGCAGAGAAGUUCAGGAAAGAUCACGCAGAGCUGCUAGCCAAACUAGAGAAGAAGGAAAGGGAGUGUGAAACAAAGACACAAGAGAAAGAGGAGAUGAUGAAGACUCUGAAUAAGAUGAAGGACAAACUGCAGCGAGAAGGAGUGGAGCUGCGCUCAGCCAGGGAACAAGUCCUGGACCUCUCCACACGGAUUAAUGACAUAUCUAGCGGCAACGUGUCUUUCCCACCACCUCCUCCACCUCCUGGUGCCCCAAUGGCUCCUCCUCCACCACCUAUGAUGGGUGGCUGUCCUCCACCUCCUCCUCCUCCACUGCCAUUCAGCUGCCCGCCUCCUCCACCACCCCCUCCUCCGCCCGGAGCCCCACCUCCUCCACCUGGAGCACCCCCAUUAUUCGGAGCUCCGCCUCCUCCCAUUCCAUCGUUCAACUCAGCCAGCACUUUGCGCUCCAAGUCCAUCCCUCAGCCUUCUCAUCCACUCAAGUCCUUUAACUGGGCCAAACUGGGAGAGAACAUGAUCAAUGGAACCAUCUGGAACGAAAUUGAUGACCUGAAAGCUUUUGAGAUCCUCGACCUGAAGGACAUAGAGAAGAUGUUUUCAGCCUAUCAGAGACAGCAGGACCUGCUCACUAACCAAUCCUUCAAACAGAAAGAGACGGGCUCUAUGGAUGACAUAUACGUCAGCACGAGGAAGGUCAAGGAGCUGUCAGUCAUUGAUGGGAGGCGUGCUCAGAAUUGUGUCAUCCUGCUUUCAAAGUUAAAAAUGAGCAAUGAAGAGAUCAAGAGGGCGAUUCUUGAGAUGGAUGAGAGGGAAGAGCUCGCCAAAGAUAUGCUGGAGCAGCUGCUGAAAUUUGUCCCAGAGAAAAGUGACAUCGACCUCUUGGAGGAGCACAAACAUGAGCUGGAGCGGAUGGCCCGGGCUGACCGCUUCCUGUUUGAAAUGAGCAGAAUUGACCACUACCAACAGAGACUGCAGGCUUUGUUCUUUAAGAAGAAGUUUGCAGAGCGUCUCGCUGAAACCAAGCCCAAAGUUGAAGCCAUCCUGAAUGCAUCCAAGGAGGUGGUCCGGAGCAAGAGGCUGACUCAGAUCCUAGAGGUGGUGCUGGCCUUUGGCAACUUCAUGAACAAGGGCCAGAGAGGAAACGCCUACGGCUUCAAAGUGUCCAGCCUCAACAAGAUUGCUGACACUAAGUCCAGCAUAGACAGGAACAUAACCAUGUUGCACUACCUUAUCAUGAUCUUCGAGAAGAACUACCAAGACACACUGAACAUCCAGCAGGACCUCAGCAGUGUCCCAGAGGCUGCAAAAGUCAAUUUGGCAGAGCUGGAAAAAGAGGUGCACAGUAUCAAGAGUGGCCUGAAGGCUCUGGAGGCGGAGCUGCACUACCAACAGAGCAGGACGAGGGAACGAGGGGACAAGUUUGUGGCUGUGAUCGGAGACUUCAUCACUGUGGCUGGCUUCAGCUUCUCUGAACUUGAGGAUCAGCUGAGUGAAGCCAAGGACAAGUUUACCAAAUCUCUGAAGCACUUUGGGGAGGACGAAGGGAGGAUGCAGCCGGAUGAAUUCUUCGGGAUCUUUGACACAUUCUUGCAGUCGUUCAGUGAAGCACGGCAGGACCUGGAGAACAUGCAGCGACGUAAAGAUGAGGAGGAGAGGAGGGCACGGAUGGAGGCCAUGCUCAAGGAGCAGAGGGAGCGGGAACGUCGGGCCAAGAAGAGUGGGGCCUCAGAAGAGGUCGGUGGGGAGUUUGACGACCUGGUGUCAGCGUUACGUUCUGGUGAGGUCUUCGACAAAGAUCUGAACAAAUUCAAGCGUAACCGCAAGCGCUCCGUCAACCAGCUGGUGGAGGGCGGGGGCCGCGAACGUGCCGUCACCAAGGUGAACUACUAGGUCAGGAAAAGGAAGGAAAAAACAAACACUAGACACCUAAAUUCUAUCAAGGUGUACACCUCUGGUCCAGGUCCUGGAAUGGAGGCCAGUGUCAAGAAGAGGAUGUAAAUAACGGCUGGACUGGACAUGUGGCAACAUGUAGGGGCAGCCACGCCACUUUGAAGGAUGCAACACUCUCCUCUGAUUGGUCUUGUAAAGAUGUUUGUCUUGGGUGUUGUUUGAUCUCAUGAGCUGGAUGAAGGACGGUUGGGAUUGGUUGAUCGAUGGAUGGACAGACAGACCACUGUGACACAUUAUCCCCUAUCUUUUGACCAUAUCCUUUUAACACUGUGUUCAAACUUCCAGCUCUCCAUCUUUCUCACUGCUCCUUACAGCUUACACCCUCUGUGUUUCAUUAACUUCCUUGGUGCUGGAGCAGCCCAUUUUUAUGUAUCUGGCUCUGAAACUCAUAGGACAUUCAAAUCCACCAGUCAGGUUGUAAAUAGCCACCAAGCCUAGAGAAAGGAUUGGAAAAAUAAACAGUAUUACUGGUUAAACAAAACAAAAAGAAGGUAAUAAACUAAGGGAGCUCUGUCAUCAUGGUUGUUCCUAGAAAGAGAUGCUCUAAGCCUCAGAAUAGGUGGAUACUCAUGAACGUUCUUUCCCAAAAUGCUUUGUAAGCUCCUAAAGGAGUAAGGAAGGACACACAAGAGUGCUUCAAAACAGACGGUGCAUCCCAACUGCCUCCUCAUGUACACAGCAUUCACAAGAAGGGAGAUUAUUUCAGAGGCCACAAAACAAAAUAAUACGACCUCAUGGCUUGUUCACUUGUCGACAUGAAGACUGUGCCACCAGGGUAUAGCCUCACCCACACUCUUCCAACGGUUUCAGCGUUGCUCUGGCAUGAACAAGUGCCAAAGCAAAAAGAGAAACUCAAAUGUUAAUGUAUUAAAAAAAACAUACUGCAGUUAGGCGUUGAUAUAUAUUUAUAUUCAGAUGCAGACAAGCUAAUUGCAAAGAUUUAGAGGGUUUUUUUAUGUUUUCAUGGCAUUUGGGGGUUUUGUACACACAAUGCAUUAUUUGUUGGUGUUGCAAGUUCACAUUGCUGUUGAAGUGAAUUUCUAUACAAUUUGCGCUUUAUGUAAAAUAGAUAAUUGCUUGACCUUUUCACACCAAUAUGUGUUGUUUGCACUGUAGCUUUUCUGACAAAUCUCUAUGGUUUCCACAGGCCGGUCUCCUGGACAAAGUCCUCUCUGUGCUAAAAAUAUCUUUAUGUGUAAAAGAAAAUGAAGGAAUGCCACUUAUGAAUUAAAACUUAAAGGAGUUUUCUGCAGUUAGUUUGUAUCUGAAUGUGUUUUCUGAUCCAUCUGCUGCAAGCACAGUAAAGAAAACGAUGCUGCGUAACAGUUCUUCUGGAGCUUUUAAUAACUUCCAUCAGUAGUAUCUUUAGGAUAUUUCCACUGGUGCUUAAACGUGUACAAAUGUACAGCUGUCAGUUUACUUUAGGAAUCAAACCAGGGAUAUAUUACAGAAAAUUACUGUGUGUUUGUAUUUCAGUUUAUCGUAGCCCAAACCAGGUAGUGAGUCUCACAGCAGAGCACUUGAAGGCGAGCCCAUUUUAAUCAUGGCUUGAUGGAAUUUUUUUGGGAUCUCUAAAAGGUUGACAGAAAAUAGCCUCAGGCCUUGUCCUGAGGGCAGAGUAUUUUUGAAAAUGUUUUUUUUUUCUGUGCGUUUAGGCCUUUUGUAUACAUGCAAACAGCCUUUUAGGCAGGCCAAACUCCACAGACUUAAGGACAGUUUCAAAUGAGAUUUCACCCUCUAAUCCUCUGAGUGUACUCAACAGAUUUGGCCAGACAGUGAGACCACACACCUCCGGUCUGUGGUGAAAAUUUUGUUUCUUAGGGUGACCUUUAAAUGAAGCAAGAGGCCAAUUAGAAUAUAAUUAAUAUGCUACAUUUAAAAUAUGUCUGGCAGAAUGAAGGCAACAUGUUUGAAAUAUCCUGGUAUUUGAAUUUGUAUUUAACCUUUUUCAUCCAGUCAUAAAAGUUAAAGGACCACAUGAAAGAAAACAAAUAAGAGUUCAAGAAUUGAGGUAUAAAGUUUCAAGGAUAAAGUGCUCAUUUUACAAGAAAAAAGUUGUGUCCAAGUGCAGUUAUAUUUAAAUAAUUAAUGUUAAUAGAAUAAUAAUUUUAAAUAUAAAGGAAAUUUAGGACAAUUUAUCAAGAAUAAAGUUUUAAGAUAAUAAAUUUUAAUACCUAGAGCAGGGGUAUCCAGACUGUGUCCAUUGGGGGCCACAUACAGAAAUUUAUAAGGAUGGUGGGGCCACUUUUAUACAUCUCACCUUGAUAUUAAAGUUAGUAAAAACCUACUGAAUGUUGAUUAAGAUAUGCUUAGAGAUUUGGUAUGCUUAAAUGGCAAGUUGAUGGCUGACAAGGCAAAUGGUCAAUCAUUUUAAGGAUUUUGUGGAGGCCAAUCAGAUUUCAGGGGGCCCAAGUCAGCUCUGACCACCACUGGCUCCAACCCUGGAAUGUCAUUGGUGCUGCUAUUUGCUGUUGUAAAUCCAUUAGGGUGUUAUAAAUGAAGAUAUAUUAUUAUUCAGUUGCAAACAUUUUUACUAUUUAUUGUGUCGUCUCAAUUUAGUCAGCUAUAAAUCCUUUUCAAAAUGGUUGUUUACAGUAUUAGCAUGGUGGCACUGCCUAGUUUUGUGAAGCACAAGCUUCAUGCUCUAUUAAGGCCAUAUUUAACUUUAUUUAAAGCAUUUUUGGGGGGCUGAUCAAAAAUAGGCUGCAAGCCACAUCUGGCCCCGGGCCAUAGUUUGGACACCCCUGACUUAGAGAAUAAAGUAAUGAUAUUACAAGAAUGAAUUUGUAAGAGCUGAAGAUUAAUGAGAAAAAGAGCUGUACCUAAAGGAGUCAAGAUGACUGUCAUGCAGUGUUAAUUUCUUCAACUAAAACUAUUCGUUGACAGCCUUUUUUUUCCAUGACAAAAACUAGACUAAAACUAACAAAAAUAGAUCUGUGAUGACUAAAACUGAGAAAAAAUUAGUUA